AUGGGACCAGACAAUGCCUUUCUCGAUGCCUUUCUCCAUGCGUGCUGUGAGGGUGAGCUGUUAAAGACCCAGGAAGCCAUUGCCAGCGGGCGACUAACCCCCGAUGAUCUCAACCUCAACGGCAGGCUUCCUCCCAGGGAGGACAGACGACAGCACCCGAGCGUCAUUCGCCACUUCCUUCACCAUGGCCUUGAUCCCAACACGAGCCUUUCUAGCGGCGAGCCUCUUUUAUCCCUCCUAACCGAUCCCGCAUGUGCUCGCGAAUUACUCUCACGAGGCGCUGACCCCAACCAUUCUGACCCCGGGGGGGGUGUACCUCCCCUCAUCCGCGCCAUUGUUGGCACCCGUGAGGAAGACACAUCGCUGCCUGAGCUGCUUCUCGCACACGAGGCUAAGCUAGACUCAGAUAACAUUUGCUGCCGUGGGUCCGCGUGUGCCCCAACGAGAGCUCAUGACUAG